CUCGUCUGUGGUGAGCGUAUAAAAAGGCAGCGUCCAUCACACAGGCCUCAAACUGGUGGAUCACCACGUACAGAGCUCCAGAUUUAACCGCUGUUGAUACUUUGAUACAAAACAGAAUGGGCUCCUCUAAACUGGCCCUGCUCCUGGUCCUGGUGUCCUGCGUCGAGCGCUGCCUGUCGGCCUCCUGUGUCGUUGACAGCUUCUCCACCAAAGAGGACUUUGACCCCAAGAGGUAUGCAGGGAAGUGGUACGCGCUGCAGAAGAAAGAUCCCGAGGGCCUGUUCCUGCAGGACAACAUCUCAGCCGAGUACACCAUCGACGAUGACGGCUCCAUGACCGCCUCCUCCAAGGGACGCGUCACUCUGUUCGGUUUCUGGGUUGUGUGCGCCGACAUGGCCGCCCAGUACUCUGUCCCUGACCCUGCCAGCCCCGGCAAGAUGUUCAUGAACUACCAGGGCCUGGCCAGCUACCUGUCCAGUGGAGGUGACAACUACUGGGUGAUCGACACCGACUACGACAACUACGCCAUCACCUACGCCUGCCGCACCGUGAAGGACGAUGGCAGCUGCGAGGACGGCUAUGCCAUCAUCUUCUCCAGGAACCCCCGCGGCCUGCCCCCCGCCAUCCAGCGCACCGUGCGUCAGAAGCAGGAGGACAUCUGCAUGGUCGGACAGUUUCAACCUGUCCUGCAGUCCGGAGCCUGCUAGAGAGAGAGGAGUCACAACUCAGAGAGAGAGGAGAGGAGGAGGGUGGGCCGGCUGGCUGCAGUCUAGGUGGCUUGAAAGCAAGAACAGGGAGAAUGAGAGAGAGUGCACGUCGGAGGAGACAUGUUGUGCAUGUGAGAGUGGCCGUGUGGAGGGAAUGGCCUUCUCUCAUUCUUUUGCAAAAUUCAAAUCAUUCAGAGGAGGGAAAGUGAAGUGAAGAUAGUCAAGAAACCUGCACGUGACCAACCACAGCUUGGAUUUCCAAAAUAUGCAUCAGAUUUUUAAUCCAUUUCCUCUUCUAUCUCUCAUCUUCAUUAGUUGAUUGUCAGAAAAAAAUGUCACCGAGGCCGUGGUGUUGUGAGUGAAUGUGAAAAUAAAAAUAUUUUUUCUAAACAUU